GCGCCCGGGUUUUCUGGCCGCUCCGCCCGCCGGCUCGAAGCAGGUCGCCACGGGCUGGCACGCGCCACCCGGUCCCCGAGUAAAUAGGGAGAGACUCUCCCGAGCACCUUAAAUAGAGUCCAAGUGGGCGGGCAACUGCCCCGCGCCGCCUGCUCAUGUCUCUGCUGAGCCGAGUGUCCCGCCGCCUGGCACAGCUGCGCUCGGCGGGGCAGCUGCUGGUCGCCUCGCGCCCCUGGCCGGGCCCCUCGGGUCCCACGCGGACCCGCAGCAGUGCGAGCGGCCCUCCGGCGUCCCUGGGCUUGCACGGCCCCCGCGCGCUGACCUCGGCGGGAGUUGGGGCUUGGGGGGCGGAGGCGGUGGGGCGGAGACCCGGGGUGCGCACCUGGGCCCCCCUGGCCAUGGCGGCGAAGGUGGACCUGAGCACCUCCACCGACUGGAAGGAGGCAAAAUCCUUCCUGAAGGGCCUGAGUGACAAGCAGAGGGAGGAACAUUACUUCUGCAGGGACUUCAUCAGGCUGAAGAAGAUCCCCACGUGGAAGGAGACGGCAAAAGGGGUGGCGGCAAAGGUGGAGGAGCCCAAGUUCAAGAAGGACAAGCAACUCAAUGAGAAGAUCUCCCUGUUCCGUGGUGACAUCACCAAGCUGGAGGUGGAUGCCAUCGUCAACGCCGCCAACAGCUCCCUGCUUGGAGGUGGAGGUGUGGACGGUUGCAUUCACCGGGCCGCCGGACCCCUGCUCACCGACGAGUGCCGGACCCUGCAGCACUGCGAUACCGGCAAGGCCAAGAUCACCAGUGGCUAUCGACUGCCGGCCAAGUACGUCAUCCACACGGUGGGGCCCAUUGCCCACGGGGAGCCCAGCGCCAACCAGGCUGAGGAGCUCCGCAGCUGCUACCUUAGUAGCCUCGAUCUGCUGCUGGAGCACCGGCUCCGCUCGGUGGCGUUCCCUUGCAUUUCCACCGGCGUGUUUGGCUACCCCAAUGAGGCGGCGGCCGAAGUAGUAUUGGCGGCGCUGCGCGAGUGGCUGGAGCAGCACAAAGACAAGGUGGAUCGGCUGAUCAUCUGCGUAUUCCUUGAGAAGGACGAGAACAUCUACCGGCAGCUUCUGCCCCACUACUUCCCCGUGGCCUGAGGCUCCCCGCAGCCCAGCCUGAGCAGGACUGACCUGUCUGGGCCUGCAGGACCUCGCUCCCAGCUCUGAGAGGUAGCUGAAGCCUGCGGUCUGGGCCUGGGCAAGGCCAUGCUGUUCUUUCCUUCAGCUCCACACCCCACCCCGCUCCCAGCCCCCUGCCCCUAAGGAGCCUCUUAAUAAAAUGACUAUUUCAGCUCCCA